CACACACACACACACACACACACUAUACGCCAUAAGAGCAGCAGACGUCCACGUCAACAACUCAUUUCAGGGGAAAUCCAACACUUAGCUUGAAUGGAAACCAGCAAGGUCAUCUCGAUGGACAAAGCCACGGUUGUCAUCCAAGUAAACCCACAGGUGGCACAACAUACUGUUAUAUGUGAAGAUGGACAGGAGAACGGAGGAGUGUAUCACACAUUUCUCAAAGCACAACCAAAGGCACUGGGGACGGUCCAGAUCAUGACUGGAGUGAUGGUCUUCUUAUUUGGUAUUGUGCGCACCGCCGAUGUCUUCAAUUUCCCUGCUGUUUCCUUGUUUAGUGGCAUAACCUACUGGGGAUCCCUUGUCAACAUCAGUGCUGGAGCUCUGUCUGUUGCGGCGCAGAGUAAACCUAGUCCGUGUGUGAUGAACUCCUCUCUCGUCAUGAAUGUGCUCAGUGCCGUCACGGCAGGGCUCGCCGUUCUUCUCAUAUCGCUGGAGAUAGGACUCGGCUCAGAGACCAGCAAGUAUCAAAGCUGUCCCACAACCUACGGCCGAACUGAAGGCAUUCUGUGUUUAAAGUUCGAGAGAUAUGAUCUGGGGAUCCUUGGGAUAUUGCUGGUGUUCUCCAUCCUCCAGUUCAUCAUCUCCAUCUGUAUCUCAGCGUUCGCCUGCAAAGCCUCCAGCAACAGCGGCUCUACAGUGGUUCAUGUGGCGCUCACUGGGUAAUGAUGACGAGGGAUACUGAGUCCCAGUGAGGAGAUCCAACUGUCCAAAGGUUGCAAGGAUUGAAUCUCUCAUAUUAUUGCUGACUCAAGCUAGGUCAUGUGACACUGAAGACUGGAGUAAUGAUGCUGAGCAUUCAGCUUUCAUCACAGGAAUAAAAUACACUUUACUAUAUAUUUAAAUAGAAAAUAUUUUUUAAAAAUCUAUUUUUUUUUAAAUAUCACUGUUUUUGCUGUCAAAUAACUUGGUUAAUCAAUAAAACAUUUGGAUGUCCACAAUUGUUUUCAAUGAGAUCAGAAAAAUAUUUAACCAAUUUCUAGUAAUCAAAUAACAGUCCCUUAGAAAUCACUAAUGACACCCGGACAGGGACAGACUGACUAUCUGUGUGUUCACGUCGGCACACAAGAAGUCUAAUUAAGCAAUAUGAACAGCCAACAGCAGGUGUCAGCAGAAACAUGUGUCUUGGUCAUAAAUUUUUUAAAAAAAAUAAAUAAAAGAGAGAAUAUAUUUUCCAUUUUAUUUAUUUUAUAAAUGCAUUUAUUAA